AUGGCGGCCCCUCAAACUACAGAACCCCCCAGCCUCAAGACUAUUGUUCUUGACGGCGAGCAGCUCAUAGAGGCUAGAAUCCGGUUGCAGGUCGGCAAUGAUGCCGUUUUGCAAAAGACUUUCGAAGCAUUGAAGGGCAAAGCGGACGAAUGGCUUACCCAAGGUCCAUGGUCUGUGAUGGAGAAGAAGAAAGCUCCCCCAAGCGGGGAUAUGCACGAUUACACCAGCCAGGCACCUUAUUGGUGGCCAUCACCUACACCAGAUGGAAAUCCAUAUGUGCAGCGAGAUGGCGAGAGGAACCCCGAGGUUCUCAAUUACAGCGAUCGCGUGAACGUUGAAAAGGUCUUUGCUUCAUCAUCGGCUCUUGGCCUUGCAUGGUUUUACACUGGCAAUGAGGUCUAUGCCAGACACGCCGCGAAUAUCAUCAGGACGUGGUUCAUAAACCCACAAACACGCAUGAAUCCGAAUCUCAACCACGCACAGCUUAUCCCGUUUGCAAACACAGGGCGCCAUAUUGGCAUCAUUGACUUUUCUCAAUGGUACACUACGCUCCUCGACAUCGCCGUCAUUCUAAAUAGCGGUAGUCCCUCUGGCGGGUCAGCGCCUGGGUGGCAAGUCGAAGAUAUGGACGGGUUCCGUCAGUGGAAUCGAGAAUUCCUACAAUGGUUGACUGAGAGCGACUUUGGCAAGGCUGAGCGAGCAGAAAAAAACAAUCACGGAAGUUUUACCAGUAUGCUCGUGUCUGCUAUUGCUUUUUUCGUUGACAAUAGAGAGCUUGUCAAACAGGAAGCAGCAAACAUUCAAGCGGACAUUGAUGAGACGAUCAGGCCUGACGGAGCCCUACCCGAAGAACUUCGGCGAACUCGGAGUUGGCAUUACUCCAACUUUACACUAUUGGCGCUGACUCGACUCGCCAUGGUGGCUAAGAAGGUUGACGUGGAUCUUUGGAAUUACAAGGGGCCACAAGGACAAGGAAUCGCCAAGGCUAUUGAGUAUAUAAUACCUGCCGCAACUGGCGACGCGACAUGGCCAUAUGAGGAGUAUCAGUUUGAACGAUACGCCGCUGCGGAUGUUAUUCGCGCCGCAGCUGACGCCGGCCACGAAAAAGCGAAGCAGGCGAUUGGCAGGAUUGAAACACCUCUGGUAGAUUUGUGGCCUUUGAGACCUGCGCCUGAGCAACUUGAACCAGUGAAAGUAAAUCCAAAACAUCUCAUAACAUAG